UGAAGUUGUCAGGUCGAAAGAGUGGACCUAUUUUGCUCGACCGCACACUGUCCAUCGUUCCAGGCUCCAGGUCUACUAGGACGGCACGGGGAACAUACUUAUUGGCUGCAGCAACAGGGAAACAGGCUGGACAAUACAGAAAAGGAAGGAACCCUCUGACCAGCUGCAUUUCAUAGUAGCCAGGGCAAAGAAAACGACAAAAGAAGGUCUGUUGGAGCCGUGUGCAUCCUACUUUUGCUGGGACUGUCACAAGAGAUGGGAGCCAUGCCCGUAAAUGCCCACUUGCCCUUCUUUAUCCUGGCGCUACUGCUGUGUGCCUAUGUCUGCCAUUCUCCUGUAUCAGCUGCUACUGUCCAUUUCAAGGAAGGGGAAAGUUGCUACAAACCAAUGCCACACAGGAUUCAAGGAGUCAGAACUUACCCUCGUCCACAUGAAUACCUGAAGAUGUCAGAAAUCCCCAAGAGGUGGGACUGGCGAAACGUGAAUGGCGUCAAUUACGCAAGUCCUACUCGCAACCAGGGCGUCCCACAGUUCUGUGGAUCUUGCUGGGCUCACGGCACCACCAGCGCCCUGGCCGACCGCAUCAACAUCAAGAGAAAAGGGGCCUGGCCCUCUGCUUUUCUCUCUGUUCAGCAUGUUGUGGAUUGUUCUGGUGCUGGGUCUUGCAAGGGUGGAUAUGAUUAUUACGUGUGGUUUUAUGCCCAUAACCAUGGCAUCCCGGAUGAGACAUGCAGCAAUUAUGUAGCUGAGGAUCAAGAGUGCAAGGAGUUUACACAGUGUGGGACAUGUGUUAUUUUCGACAAAUGUUAUGUAGUAAAGAACUAUACCCUCUGGAAAGUGGGAGAUUAUGGAUCUAUCAGAGGGCGAGAAGAUAUGAUGAGAGAAAUCUAUGCAAAUGGACCAAUCAGCUGUACAAUUAUGCAGACUCCAAAGCUGGAUGAAUACACAGGAGGCAUUUUUACUGAAUACAAUGAGACAGCAAUGGCAAACCACGUUGUCAGUGUUUCUGGCUGGGGAGUAGAAAACGGAAUCGAAUAUUGGAUUGUCCGCAACUCUUGGGGCGAGCCCUGGGGGGAACGCGGCUGGUUUAGAAUUGUGACGAGUGCAUAUAAAAAUGGAAAAGGCAAUAACUUCAACUUGGGUGUGGAAGAAGACUGCAGUUAUGGAGACCCCAUCAUACCUUGAACCUGCAUUUGAGCUGUUUUUGCACGCAUGUCUUCUGAAAGAAAUCCAAUAUAAUGUUUUUUUCUUUCCUUAAAAAAGUAAGAUUAGCUUUUCAGCUGUGCAAAAUAGCAAUACUAUAAUAGUCUAGAGACAUAUGUUUGUUUGUUUAUCUUUUCUAUUCAAACCUGCACAUAACAUUCACUCAAAGGAGCGGGAAGGGGCAGAGAGGGAGGGAGUCUGUAUCCUGUGUGGCAUCUCAUGCAAAGUUCUGUUUAUAUUGGGUUAUAUCUCAUUUUUGGGAAGAGUUUGAGAGCUUAAAAAUGAAAGAGGGAUGAAGUACAACAGUAUUUACUAAAUUACCUCCAGUGUAAUCUUAUCUCCACCCCAAAUCUUUUUCCUAUAUGCUUUCCAAAUAUAGCUCUUUUGCAUUUCA